AUGCCUUCCUUCUACCCCAGGCAUAACAUGCCACGGCUAUCUCCACCGGAGUUUGUGCCCAGCUAUCACUCUUCCUGCGGUGCAUCAUACGCACAGCAACAGGCUGCCUAUGCUGGUCCCACGAUCCGGCAACAUGAUGAUGGUUACGACUUCGCAGACCGCUACGGCCAGUUGGCCAUCGCCAUGCCACCCAUGUACCCGCAGGCCGGCACUUACCUGAGCAAUGCGCCUCCCAGCCUGCCACCGGCGAGCUCCUUCUACGACCCCAUGGGCGCAGCCACGCUGCCUCCUAUGCGCGGUCAUUCAGGCCACGCUUUGGCUGAGGCAGCCAUGCAGCAGCAGCGCGUGCACGAGUACAACCAGCGAGCAAACCAGCCCGCAAAGGAGGAGAAGCCCGUUGGCGGUGUUUCCGCAAAGCUCGACUACGACAUGGACGUCAUGACCGACUUCGUAUGCGAUACGGCCCUGCGGCUUAUUACCCCCGGUCGGAUGAUGCCCGCCUCGUUCCGGAAAUGGGUGCAUCAGGUCCUUUGCGCCACAAGGCUGCCUUCGGCCACCAUCCUGCUUAGCAUGUACUACCUGUCCAACAGGAUGCCCAUGUUGACCCACGAGCCAAAGACCGACACUCACCUGUUCCGCCUGCUCACCAUCGCCCUGGUCCUUGGCAGCAAGUUCCUCGACGACAACACCUUCAUCAACCGUUCAUGGUCCGAAGUCAGCGGUAUCCAGGUGCAUGAGCUCAAUGAGCUCGAGCUUGAGUGGCUAGUCGCCAUCAAGUUCAGACUUCAUCGCGAUCCUUCCGAGCAACACGGCUGGACGUCAUGGUCUGACCACUGGAAAGACUACCAGAGCACUGCUGUCUUGCGCGCAGGCCGUAACAGCAAGCUUAGCCCCAUUGACACAUCAGUGCACCGCCGCUCGCUGAACAACAAGCCGCUCCCUCCUCUGCCGAUGCACCAAGUCUACACUCCAUCGUACGACUACACGCCCAAGUCGGCUCAGUACAACCAGUCGAGCUACUCCCAAUAUGACCCAUGGCGGUCCUCAAACGAGCAUUCCCCUGCGUCUGCACCUACUACGGGACCUACGACUCCGGAGUACUAUGGUAUGACGGGAACUUGGGGUCCGGUUGAAGGAUACUCGCGUCGCACCAUGUUCGGUUUCCCACCCUUGUCUCAGCCUGCCCCUGCGCAAGCGCCUCAGCAGUCAUCCAAUUAUGGCCCGUCUGCCUAUUCUACCCAGUACACACCGUCGGCAUGGAACCAGCAUGGUCUCAGCUGUGGAUGUGCCUACUGCGUUCAGCGCCAUCCGCCCUACUUCAUGGCCCCUGGCUAUGGACCGCAGGCUGUUGCUGUCUAA